AUGGAUUAUAGUCUUAGCCGUUGUUUGUUGAACCACGGGUUUCGAAGCCUCCGCCUCCUCCUUCACAUCUCAUCGCCUCUGCUCUAUGUCUCUGCUCUACGUUCUUCACAUCUCAUCGACUCUGCCCUACGUCUUCGCCCCAAGCUGAACCACGAAUUUGGGUGCCGUCAAAUCCUAGAGGUGCAGAAAGACUACCACCAGGAAUUCUUGCAGCUGAGUCAGACUUCUACUUGCGCAGAUUAUGGGGCAAGCCCAGUGAGGCAUAAAGAUACUUCUGAUUUCAAUAUACUGCACCGUGAUUCAUUUAAGUUGGCAAUUGCAGGACUUGACCAUCAAACCAAGGUACCUUGUAACAUUCACUGUGGGUUUGAAUCAGAAAAAGAAUAUUGA